AUACAUUCAACCCUUUGAGUUCAAUAGCUCUCUCUCCCUCUCUAUAUCCUCAAUUCAUUGAUGAUCACCAUGAAUAGGUCUUCAUUCCCUUUGACUGUAGCCUUGCUAGCCCUGCUCUUAUCUCUUGCUAGUGGGAGACAAAGUAGCGGGGCUGCUGCAAGGCGCAGUGGUCGUCAUGGUGAAGUUACAGACACCGAUACUACGUGGGCUGUGCUUGUUGCAGGGUCGUCCGGUUAUGAGAACUACAGGCACCAGGCUGACGUAUGUCAUGCAUACCAAGUGCUGAAAAGUGGAGGUCUGAAGGAUGAGAACAUUGUGGUGUUUAUGUAUGAUGAUAUCGCACAUAAUAAGAUGAACCCCAGGAAGGGAGUCAUCAUAAACCACCCACAAGGUCGAGAUGUGUACGCUGGCGUCCCAAAGGACUAUACUGGCGAGCAAGUGAACCCCAGCAAUCUUUAUGCGGUUAUCUUGGGGAAUAAAACUGCCGUUAGUGGAGGCAGUGGGAAAGUGAUCGACAGCAAGCCCGGCGACCGUAUUUUCAUCUACUACACUGACCACGGAAGCCCUGGUUUACUUGGAAUGCCUGGCGGCCAGAAUGCCUACGCUCAUGAUUUUGUGAACGUACUGAAGAAAAAGCAUUCUAUGGGAAGCUACAAGGAGAUGGUUAUAUAUGUAGAGGCCUGUGAAAGUGGGAGCAUCUUCCAGGGUCUGCUGCCACAAGGGAUGGGCAUCUACGUCGUGACUGCAUCCAAUGCAGUUGAGAGCAGCUAUGGCGUUUACUGCCCUGGCUCCGUCCCUGAACCUCCUCCAGGGUUUGAUACUUGCUUGGGAGAUCUCUUCAGUGUUGCAUGGAUGGAAGACAGUGACGUGGUCGACCGAAAGGCUGUGAGCCUCUUUGAGCAAUACUUGAAGGUGCGAACUCGGACAUCAAAUAAUGGGACCUACGAUUCAGGUUCCCAUGUCAUGCAGUAUGGUGAAAAAAGUAUCGGCGAGGAGCUGCUCUAUCUAUACCAAGGAUUUCGUACCAAACCCAUCGAUGUGGUUACCUACGUCUCAGAACAGAGCAAGCCUGUGGGGGUUGUUAACCAAAGAGACGCAGGCCUGCUUUCUCUGCAGCACCAGUAUAGAAAUGCAAAGGAAGGGUCUAAAGAGAAGGAAGAGAUCAGGAAAGCACUGGCAGCUAAGAUUGCACACAGACUUCAUGUCGACAAGAGCGUAGAGAACAUCGGCAACAUUCUCUUUGGCAAGGACGCAGCUCAGAUACUCAAUGCCAUCAGGCCUCCUAAUCAACCUUUAGUUGAUAACUGGGACUGCCUGAAAUCAACGGUUGAGGUUUUUGAGGAAGAGUGUGGGUCACUUGGUCAGUAUGGAAUGAAACACUCAAGGGCAUUUGCUAAUAUGUGCAACAAAGGAAUCCCUAUGGAUGCAAUAAAGAAAGCAAGUGCGAAGGCAUGCACCAACUUCAUAAAGCCUUGAACAAAACUCUCGAGCUUUUCACUGCCUGGCUAUCUUCUUUCCUCUUACUACUGCAUUGAUGGGCUUCUUGGAAAAACAUAGACCUCCCAUGAUGCAUAAUAUGAAGCAUCACAUAGAAUGUACUCUCUCUCUCUCUCUAGGCAAAACUUUUACUGGGCUCUGAAAUCUCUUUAAGGAUGUAUCACUGCUUGGUUUUCGUAAUGAAAUUAGGAUAUGAUGAAAAAUCGAA